AUCUUAAGUGUGUUUGCAUCUUCUUUUCAUUUCAGAAAUGGCUUCGAACGGUAAAGUCACUGCCUGGCCUUGGAUCGAUGAGCUGCCGGGAGAUAAUAGCGAUAUCUCAUCAGCCGAGGAAAGCCAGAGCUCAACCUGCAGCCUGAGCUCAUCGAGCAAGAGCAAUCAUGUCGAGAGCGACAAGGAAUACACUUGCUCCUCGACCAAUAAGUAUCAUAUAAUACGCAAAUCCAAUUUGAGUCGCUUUGUGCAGAAGAUUGACAAGAGCGCCACCCUGGAUGAUCAGGCAGCUGACUUGGUGUCCAAGUGCGCCUACGCAUUUGUUAGGGAUGUGUCCAUGCGCUUGGUCAAGCUGGCCAAAUAUCGCAAUGCCGAGCCGAGUUUAUUGGAUUUGAAGUUUACGCUAAAGCGCGAAUAUAAUAUGGAAUUUCCGAAGAAUAAAAACUCUAAUUCUGCGGAAUCUUAGCAU